GCUCCUCACCACGGUGGUGCAGGACCUGGGGCUGCACGACGGCAUCCGGCGGGUGCUCUUCGGCAACAGCCUGAGCUUCUGGCUGCACAAGCUCAUCUUCGUGGACGCCGUGUCCUUCCUGACGGGGCGGCGGCUGAGCCUGUCCCUGGACAGGUACCUGCUGGUGGACAUCGACGACAUCUUCGUGGGGAAGGAGGGCACGCGGAUGAACGUCAGAGACGUGAAGGCCUUACUAGAGACUCAAACCUUACUGCGCACUCAGGUUGCCAAUUUUACCUUCAACCUUGGAUUUUCAGGGAAGUUUUACCACACAGGGACCGAGGAGGAGGACGCGGGCGACGACCUGCUGCUCAGGUCGGUGGACGAGUUCUGGUGGUUCCCCCACAUGUGGAGCCACAUGCAGCCCCACCUCUUCCACAACGAGUCCUCGCUGGUGGAGCAGAUGGCCCUCAACAAGGAGUUCGCCCUGGAGCACGGCAUUCCCGUCGACAUGGGCUACGCGGUGGCCCCGCACCACUCGGGCGUCUACCCGGUGCACGGGCAGCUGUACGCGGCCUGGAAGCAGGUGUGGGGCAUCCAGGUGACCAGCACGGAGGAGUACCCGCACCUGAAGCCCGCGCGGCACCGCAGGGGCUUCGUCCACGACGGCAUCAUGGUGCUCCCCCGGCAGACCUGCGGGCUGUUCACCCACACCAUCUUCUACAAGGAGUACCCCGGGGGGCCCCAGGAGCUGGACAAGAGCAUCCAGGGAGGCGAGCUCUGCCUCACGGUCCUGCUGAGCCCAAUCAGCAUCUUCAUGACCCACCUGUCCAACUACGGCAACGACCGCCUGGGGUCCUACACCUUCGUGAACCUGGCCAACUUCGUGCAGAGCUGGACCAACCUGCGCCUGCAGACGCUGCCGCCCCUGCAGCUGGCCCGCAAGUACUUUGAGCUCUUCCCGGAGCAGAGGGACCCGCUCUGGCAGGAUGCCUGCUGCGUGUCUCAGUCUGGGCGGCGGGAUCCACCCAACACGUGUCCACUGAGCAUCCCCAAGCGUGAGGUGCAGUUCUUCAACGGGAACAACUACCACAAGGGGAUUGACUGGUACAUGGACUUCUUCCCAACGCCGGCCAAUGUCACCAGCGACUUCCUGUUUGAAAAGAGCGCCAACUACUUCCACUCGGAAGAAGCUCCCAAGCGGGCAGCCUCCCUGGUGCCCAAGGCCAAGCUCAUCACCAUCCUCAUCGACCCCUCGGACAGGGCCUACUCCUGGUACCAGCACCAGCGGUCGCACGAAGACCCAGCCGCCCUGCGGUUUAACUUCUACGAAGUGAUCACCACCGGCCCGGGGGCCCCGUCCGACCUGAAGGCGCUGCAGCGGCGCUGCCUGGUGCCCGGCUGGUACGCGGUGCACAUCGAGCGCUGGCUGGCCCACUUUGCGGCCUCGCAGUUGCUGAUUAUUGACGGACAGCAGCUGAGGUCCGACCCGGCCACUGUGAUGGACGGCGUCCAGAAGUUUCUGGGAGUGACGCCGCGUUACAACUACUCGGAAGCACUGACGUUUGACCACCAGAAGGGCUUUUGGUGCCAACUGCUGGAAGGAGGGAAGACCAAAUGCCUGGGGAAAAGCAAAGGCCGGAAGUACCCGCCCAUGGACCCCCAGGCCAGAGCCUUCCUGUCCGGCUAGUACCGGGACCACAACGUGGAGCUUUGGCC